CAAUGUAACGUGCCUUUCCUCAUACAGUGGGCACUGGCAACGCGUCAGUCGAGUCCGAAGAUCACCGACUGCUCGGAGCUUGUUAUUUUCCCCCCUUCCCCACCACCGUCAAACAUCUGGGCAUCAUGUUUCCAUAUGUCGUGUUUGCCCUUCUCUUCGCAUUUGGAUGUGUGACACAUCCGUCACAUGGGGCUGAGGUCAAGGUCAAAGACAAAGAUGACAAAUUAUGUCUUUAUGCCAAUGUCAUGGUCAACUUCUCCGUGUCGUAUAUGACGUCAGAGAACAAGACUGAGCUAGCUGAGUUUGAACUUCCCUCUGAAGUCAUGUCUAGCGGAAGCAAAUGCGACAAGACCAGCUCGACACUGAAUCUCAACUUUGGAGCAGGACACUCCUGGAGCAUCAACUUCACCCUCGACGGGAACGUAUACCAGGCGGAUUCCAUCACAUUUUCCUACAACCUCAACGACUCCAGCAUCUUCCCUAAAUCUGUGUUGACUGACACUCUCUCUGUGAACAUGAGGCCUCAGAUCACCGACAUAAGCAUGAAUACCUGCUACUCGUGCAAGAGUGAAGAAACCAUCCAGUCCGACUCGGUCAACCAGACUCUGUGGAACGUGCUCAUCGAGGCAUUCAUCAGCAACGGCACACAGAGCGAAAACCUGACCACCUGUUCCGCCGACCUAAACACCACCCCCACCGCCUCUCCCACCACUGUGGCUCCAGUGACAAACACCACCACCAGUACACAUGCUCCGACGACCAGCCCCGCCCCCACCCUCCCCACACCCACCACCGGAAGGUUCACCAUCAAACCGGAUGAGAACAGCACAGCCUGUCUGUUGGCAAACUUUGCCCUGCGGAUCGGUGUCAAGCAAGGCGAGAAAUAUCAGGAGAUCAACUUGGACCCCAACAUGACCACCGUUUCUGGAUCGUGUGGAGUCAACACUAGUGAGCUGGUGUUGGUGUCUAACGCCAUGACCAUCGCGCUUACCUUCGUCAAUGACACCAAAAAAUUCCGCCUACAGGCUGUGAAUGUCACCGCAAGCCUCAGUUCUGGUGUGGUCUUCUCUGAGGCGAACAGCAGUUUGACUCUGUGGGAGGCGGCGGUGGGCAGCUCGUACAUGUGCAACAAGGAGCAGAACUACACCAUCACCAGCCAGCUCAACCUUUUCACCUUCAACCUUCAAGUGCAGCCGUUUGCUGUAAAGAAAGGCGUCUUCAGUACAGCCCAUGAGUGUCCGUUGGACGACACCAGCAUCUUAAUCCCAAUCAUUGUCGGCGCUGCCCUGGCUGGCUUGAUUCUCAUUGUUGUGAUCGCAUACGUGAUUGGUCGAAGAAAGACCUAUGUUGGAUAUCAGACCCUCUGAGAAGCCACUUUACAAAUCAGUCACAACAUAUGACAGGGGUCCCCCAAGCCUGGUCCUUGGAUUUAUGUGCAAUGAACUCGAUUGGCUCCCGACAACUCAAAUCCUUUCCAUUGAAAUCAGAAAGUUGUUUUGUGUGUUAAAUAGGCACACAGAGCAUUUCUGAGAGUUUGCAGAGACAAUAAUGUGGUAGUGUUCCCUUCAAGGACCAAACUUGUCUGCUCCCUGUGUUUGUGUUCCUUUGUUUUUCAUUUGUUUUUGUUUUUGUGAAUGAGCAAAUGCAACAUCCACGUGUUGGCCCCAAUCACAUGUCAACAUAAUGUCAGACUGCAGACAUAUAAAAGUAUCUUAAUAAUUUGAAUGUUGUAAAAAAAAGUUCAUUAUUUCAGGAGUUGAAAAAGUGAACAUAAUUAUUCAACACAAAAUAAUUUUGAGUGCCAAUUUCUAUCUCAAAAAUCAUUCAAAUCAGUCAAUUUUGGGAUACCUUCUGAAAAAGUUUUCCACGAUAUUCAAUUUUAUUGAGACGCACCUGUACCACACGAUAUCACACCGCUGGGGGACUUUCUUCAACUACACUCUGGCAAUUUUGCAUUUGCUCUGCCGACACUCCAUGUUGUUUGCCUGAUGAUUUCAUCCCUUGCACAUUAUAUUCAUUUACUUUGAUUUAGUUUGAUUUAUAUUUUUCCAUCAUCUCAAUAAUCCAGGAAUGGGGAACCAAUGUCAUGUGGUCUGUUUUUGGCCUGCCAUCCAAGUCUACAAAUGAACCCUCAGAGGAACUGUUUGAAAAAGCUCCAAAACGUUUCACCCACAGAUGUUCAAAAUGUAGUUACUUUCUAAAAUUUU